GGUUUCUUACUGAGCAAGGGACCCGUGAAACUGAUGGUGUUGAUAGAUUCUUCAUUUUUGGGGCCUACCUGAAGAACUUGUUGGCCUGGAUACGAAUGCCCUUCUGCAUUACAACCCUACUGGCUGAUAAGGUGCAAGCCAGGGUAUUUUAGAAACGGAAGGCAGUGGGAUCGCUGGAGUCCAGAACACUUUUACGUAGAAAUACAUAGAUUGGGAAGGUUAAAGUCCACUGCUGUUCGCAAAAAUACUGUUCUCGUUAUGUGGUGGAUGCUUACAUGUAGAAUUUAUUUAGCAUAAUUUGAUAGUAUUCUCAUAGACAAAGGAGUUCUUCUGCCUCUAGAGUCUUCUCUCAGGCUUAUGUGAGACCAUGAGUGAGCUGCUGGUAAUUCUGUGUCUGGCUGGGGAAGCAGGCACGGGUUUAGCCAAGAGUUAGAUACCUGCGAAGCAAUGAACAGUUUGCAAUUCCCUUAUAGUUCCUUUCAAGGAAAACUUAUAAGGAAAAAAUAGGAAAAGCCUAAUAAGAGGUUGAGCUGGCAAAAAGAAAAAAAAAAAAAAGAGAUAAUGGAAAUGCUUUCUGGCACGUGUUUGUGAGAACCUGGAGGGAAAAUUCUCUUCCCUUUUCCCACCCAUGUUUUUUGGAACGCUUUUCAUCUUCAGCUUUGGAUCUUCUCAAAGAGAAUAACAAAUCAUUGGUGCAUAAAUGUUUAGCUUACAAGCAUGGUCCUGUUACCGGGAGGAGAGUUCACUUUCUCUUGUAAAGUAGUUAUGGGAAGCGUUAUGGAGAAUAUUGUGCUGCUGUCCCUGUUGAAGUUGUGUGGGACAGUAGGCAGUCUGUCUUAGAGAAGGACGGUGUCUGCAUUGUGUAAAUUUGUUAUGAUAAGGUAAGCUACAGAGAAAUGUCUUAAUAUGCGCUUCCGUAUUUUCAAGAGCUUGUUUGUCAAUAUACCUCUUGAGCAACAUUAACAGCUCUUAUAACUUUUUCUUGCAGGAAUUUGUGGUUUUUCUAUGCAGUAACUGAAUAUAAGUAAAUUGGAAUUUAAGGCAGUGUUGAUAUCUGAAAUAGACCUCUUUGUGUGUCCUUUUCAUAAACUACAAAUACUUACCAGCACUCCAUUAACUUUCUUAGACUCAUAACGUAUUGUUAUCUGCAAUAAAUACAUCUUAUUCUUUAAGUCAUGCUUAAACAUGGGGUUAAUUCUUUGCGCAGAUGUUGCCCAGCCGUAACAUACUGCACGUUUGAAUAUGAUCCUGUGGUUUGGCUGCUGUCUUGCCUGGAAGUAACAGCCAGUAGCCGCCACUAUGUUGACAGAUUAUUUGACCUCGAUCCCCAGAAAGUUCUGCAAGGUGUCAUAGAUAUGAAAAAUGCUGUAAUUGGAAACAACAAACAAAAAGCCAACUUGAUUGUUUUGGGAGCAGUUCCAAGGUUGCUGUAUUUGCUUCAGCAAGAAACCUCCAGCACAGAACUGAGAACAGAAUGUGCAGUGGUCCUGGGAAGCCUUGCAAUGGGUACAGAGAAUAACGUCAAAUCCCUACUAGACUGCCAUAUUAUUCCAGCCUUAUUGCAAGGAUUACUGUCGCCAGAUUUGAAGUUUAUUGAAGCUUGCCUACGAUGUCUCCGUACCGUUUUCAUUAGUCCUGUAACUCCAGAGGAUCUACUAUACACUGAUGCUACAGUUAUCUCCCACCUCAUGGCACUGCUCAGUAGGUCUCGAUAUACACAGGAAUACAUAUGUCAGAUCUUCUCACAUUGCUGCAAAGGUCCAGAUCACCAGACAAUCUUGUUUAACCAUGGAGCAGUUCAGAAUAUUGCACAUCUGUUAGUCUCCACCUCCUACAAAGUUCGAAUGCAAGCCUUGAAAUGCUUCUCAGUUCUAGCCUUUGAAAACCCACAGGUAUCAAUGACUCUUGUAAAUGUGUCGGUUGAUGGAGAAUUGUUACCACAGAUUUUUGUGAAGAUGUUACAAAGGGACAAGCCUAUUGAAAUGCAGCUCACAUCAGCCAAAUGCCUUACUUCCAUGUGCAGAGCUGGAGCAAUACGGACGGAUGAUUCUUGCAUCGUUCUUAAGACUCUGCCAUGUUUGGUUCGAAUGUGUAGCAAGGAGAGACUGCUGGAGGAGCGAGUAGAAGGAGCAGAAACUCUGGCUUAUUUGAUUGAAACAGAUGUGGAGCUACAGAGAAUUGCCAGCAUUACUGACCACCUCAUUGUCAUGCUUGCCGAUUACUUCAAGUAUCCCAGUUCAGUGAGUGCAAUCACUGAUAUCAAAAGGCUUGACCAUGAUUUGAAGCACGCCCAUGAACUGCGCCAGGCCGCUUUUAAGCUGUAUGCUUCCCUUGGAGCAAACGAUGAAGAUAUCCGAAAAAAGAUCAUUGAGACUGAAAAUAUGAUGGACCGUAUAGUUAAUGGCUUAUCUGAAUCUAGUAUCAAGGUGCGAUUAGCUGCAGUCAGAUGUUUGCACAGUUUGUCCCGUUCUGUACAGCAGCUCAGGACAAGUUUUCAGGAUCAUGCUGUAUGGAAACCUUUAAUGAAGGUUUUACAGAAUGCUCCAAAUGAAAUGCUGGUAGUAGCAUCUUCCACGCUAUGCAAUCUUCUUCUGGAAUUCUCUCCAAGCAAAGAGCCUAUUUUAGAAUCAGGAGCCAUAGAACUUCUAUGUAGUUUAACACAGAGUGAAAAUCUUGCCUUGCGAGUGAACGGCAUUUGGGCUUUAAUGAAUAUGGCGUUUCAAGCAGAACAGAAGAUCAAAUCAGACAUCUUACGAGGUCUGAGUACAGAGCAGUUAUUCCAGUUACUUUCUGAUUCUGAUGUAAAUGUUCUGAUGAAAACUUUGGGACUGCUCAGGAAUCUUCUUUCUACUCGCCCACACAUAGACCAUAUAAUGAGCACUCAUGGGAAGCAGAUCAUGCAAGCAGUCACCCUUAUUCUGGAAGGGGAGCACAAUAUAGAAGUCAAAGAGCAGACAUUAUGUAUACUUGCCAAUAUAGCAGAUGGAACAACAGCAAAAGAACUGAUUAUGACCAAUGACGACAUCCUGCAGAAAAUCAAAUACUACAUGAGUCAUUCAAAUGCUAAACUUCAGCUUGCUGCCAUGUUCUGUAUAUCUAAUCUCAUAUGGAAUGAAGAAGAAGGUUCACAAGAGCGCCAAGAUAAACUACGAGACAUGGGAAUAGUAGAUAUUCUACAUAAAUUGAGUCAGUCAUCAGAUCCAAAUCUGUGUGACAAGGCGAAGACAGCACUCCAGCAGUAUCUUGCAUGAUCAAAGACUAAUUGAAUCUAUGGACACCCCUCAUGUCUACUUAAGGAAUAGCAGGAGAUAUUCCUGACUCCUUAUAUUUGCACAAGUCACCUUGGGCUGCAUUUUUCUCAGGUGCAGGGAGCUGCUUUGCAGAAACAGUUUAAAUGAUCAGGUCUCCAGUGCACUUGAGAAUUUUUUUUGAGGUAGUUUCUUUACUCAGAGGACUCUUGGGGGGUUGUUUUGUUCUUUUGUUUUUUGUUUUUUUUCCUGAGCUACCUGGACUUUCGAAUAGAACAAUCAGUCGUCAUUUUCCUUUUGGGCCUACAAUUUUCUGCUUUUGCUGCAGCCUGCGUGUGUGUGGGUGUGUUUGAGUGUGUGCGUGUGCUUGGAUGAAUGUGCGUGGGUGUGAUACCUCAAUUUUGUUUUUCCUUUUUUGUGUGAAAAUCUUUUUCUACAGGUUUUCAAGGGUUGACCAUUGUUUGCUGUACGAAUACUUCAGUGAAUUAUAUACAGUUUGAAUGAAAUGUUAUUUAAAAAAAAAAACUGUUGUAUCCCAUAAAGUUUAUUUUGAAUUUUGAACAGAUGAAUGUUUUUAAGUAAAAUAUAUGCAUUUCUGAACUUCAGCUUAACUUAAAUUAUACUUCCUUUCUAAAGAGGAAAAUAGAGGGAGACAGUAGACCCCAAAUUAUAAGCAGCACGUUCUGUACUGACAAGAUCCAAGAGUUAGCAUUUUGCUGUCAUACAAGGUCACUUGGUACUGAUGACAUACUCAAAUCAACGGAAUGGGUCAGCUGGAUUGUUUUAGGUUCCUGUACAUUUUUUAGAAGGCUCAUACUUUAAAGUUAGCAUGACUGACUUUUCUGGAAAGGAACAGGUUGCUGCAAUAUCAGCAUGCAUAAGCUAUUGCUUUAGAAGCUAAGAAUUUGCUCGGAUAAUUGCUGAAGGGUUAGCUUAUUUCACUGGUGAUAAGUAUUUGCUGAUCACUGAUAUCAAUAGAGUGAGCAGCAUCUUGCAAAAGCUACACUUUCAAGAGACCAGAAGAAGCUGGCAAGCAGUGAUUAAGGGAUUGCUUUUGUUUUGCAUCCUUUGCCUCCAGACAUAGUUAAGUGACUUACAAAUUAUUUCCAUUAACAGGUGCAUUAAGUUAGGGAAAGGAAUGGAAAAAAUACUAUUUUUUUUCUUUUUACUCAGUCACGUUGCUAUAAAUUUUGUGUAUAUAUGCAGAUAUACACACUUGCAUGGAUUUGGAUACCUGGAUUAUAAGCAAGGGGAUUUUACUACAUUCAGAAGCUAGAUUGUCCAUAAGUUGCUGAAAUUGUGCCUGUAAGUGUGGAGAAAAAUUGUGCGUACAAAUGAAGAAGACAGUGUAAGGUUAGGCUGGAACGCAAGACCCACCCAGUGGCGGCAGGAGUCAAAUAUGCAUAGAAACAAAUGAGAGCAACAAGGAGCUCUCCUUCUUGCAGUUUCAGGGUUCUUGCUUUCUUCCCGUGUCUACUUCUGAUUUCAGUUUAGACUAUAGUUUUGAUAGUCAGAAUCUCCAAACACUAUAUUUAUGUAGCACUAACAGGCACACUAAAGAUUGCAGUCUAUGUCUUAAACCAAAUCUUUCUCGUGUUACAUUGAGCUUCAGGAAGGCUGCAGCAAGAAGAGAGGUCUGUAACUUUGCUAACCAAUUUUGAUAAGUAUCUUAAUCUUUAAUCCUAAUCAGAAGGUCAAAUUGUGAUAGCCUUACUUUUUUUCCGAGGUAACUACUUGUGUCAGAAAACGUGACCACAGUUUGGUCUGGAAUUUGAAUGUGCUAUUUAUCAGAUAACUUACCACAUGAUUGCAGAGGAGAUAUAUACAUUUCAUGUGAUUUCUUCCACUCUCGAAAGACAAAUAAAAGCAAGCACCUGACACUUUUUCCCCAGGCAUUGCAGUAAGUGACUGGCAGUUUUUUAAUGUCCUUCUGCAAAUUUUUUGUGAUGGACUUUGGGGGCUGAACAAAAAGAAAAGUGAAAAUAUGUGAGAACUUGAUAGAUAUCAGUACCUCAGAAGUGAAGUCUAAUUUAUAAAAAUCAAUCACAUUUUUUUUGCUUGAACUCGAAGAAAGUUCUGAGGCAGGUAUUACAAAUGUAAAACUUUAGUGUGCAUCUGGCUUCUAAAUUCACAUUCCUGCUAUGUACAUUUAGGAGCUCAAGUUCUUACAUAUCUCUUUUUCCCCUCCUCCUCCAUUCACGUUUCUAAAAACAAAUCUAAGUUUGAUGCUAUAAAACUUCGGUGCCUAAAAGUGUUCAGAAAAAAGGUGAGUAAAGUAUCUAUGUACAUCUUUGAGGUUGUUUCCUAAAAUUCUACCAGAAAAGCUUAAAAAAAAAAAAGUAAAAAUAAUAAAAAUGCU